AUGUUUAAACAAUUGAAUAGACUACGUCAUUUCCACAUAUCAGCAGUAUCACGAUCUGAUUUUUCACACGUUGUUAUUGGUGGAGGUGUAAUAGGUACAGCAAUAGCGGCUGAACUACAAGAACAACUGGGAAAUGAAGUUUUACUAAUCGAUAAGAAUGAACAGUUGGGAAUGGAAACCACGUCAAGAAAUUCAGAAGUCAUCCAUGCAGGGAUUUAUUAUCCUCCUAAUUCAUUAAAAUCCAAACUAUGCAUUGCUGGGAAAAACAAGAUCUAUGAUGCUUGGACUAAAGGCAAUUUCCAAGUUCCGUUGAAAAAAUGUGGGAAAUGGGUGGUUGCUCAAACAGAUAAAGAAGCAGAAUAUCUUGAAAAGAUAAACAAGAUAGCAAAAGAAGUCGAUGUCCUGGUGAAUUUUAUUUCAUCAACAACAGCAAAGGCAAAAUACCCUUUGAUUAGAGCCGAAACAGCUAUUCUUGAAAGCCCAACUACAGGAAUCAUAUCAGCUCAUGAUUUCACUCUUUUCCAUCAAGCAAGAUUUGAAAAUAACAAUGGGACCAUUGGACUUAAUACAGAAUUAACGAGCUUGGAGUAUAAUAAACCAACUUCAAACUAUACGUUAUAUUUAGAAUCAGAUUCUGGUGAAAUGAAAUUAACAUCAGACAAUGUUGUCAAUGCGGCAGGAUUAUAUGCUGCUCAAGUUUCAAACUUAUUGUUACCAAGUGAAAGACAUUAUCAAGGUUAUUUUGCCAAGGGGAAUUAUUUCAGUUAUCUGCCAACAACAUCAAUAGGUAAAAUAACUGAUGUGUUGAUAUAUCCUUGUCCAAACCCUAAUGCUUCAUCUUUGGGUACACACUUGACGUUUGACCUAGGUGGACAAUUGAGAUUUGGACCUGAUUUAGAAUGGUUGGAUAUUAAACGAGCUGAAGAUAUAGAUUAUACCCCGAAUCCACAAAACUUGAAAGAAGCAUAUAAGGCAAUCAAAACAUAUUUUCCGAGUGUCACUCUUGACUCUUUACAUCCUUCUUAUUCUGGUGUACGACCAAAAAUAUAUUCAUUAGAAGACAAUAUGAAAAAAUUUGCUGAUUUUGAAAUAAAAGAAGAAGCCGGGUACCCAGGAUUUGUUAACCUUUUAGGUAUGGAAAGUCCUGGCUUAACAGCUUCAUGGGCAAUUGGAGAAUAUGUCAAAGAUCUAUAUCAUAAGUAA